AUGUUUAGAGACGAUGCUCGCAUAUGGUGGCAAGGAGAAAAGUCUGAUGUAGACCGUUCUACUAUAUCCUGGGAAGAAUUCAAGGACACCUUUUAUGGUAAAUAUUUCACCCAUAACACUAGAAACAAGUUGGCCCGUGAGUUUCUGGAAAUCAGACAAGGUGACGCUAUUAUGGAUGACUAUGUGAAGAGGUUUGAGAGGGGACGAUAUUUUGCUCCCAUGAUCCUUGGGAGUGCUGCCAUGGAUCUUAACCAUUUUAUGGAGGGGCUCAAUGCUACUAUCAGGAGGGACGUGCGUCUUAAUGGAGCGACCACUAUAAGAGAAACAAUUGAGAAGGCGCUGAUGGAAAAAAAUGACAACGCUGACAUUAUAAAGGAGUCCCAAGGGCCACAACAACAACAAAAUCAACAAAAGAAGAUACAGUCUGCUAAGCCAGCAGUUUUGGCCAAAGCUCCAGUUAUGUCAAACCCAGUCUGUACUCAAUGUGGCCAGUUUCACCAAGGAGAAUACUUGUAUGGGACCAACUUCUGUUAUAACUGCAAGAAACAAGGGAAUCUUUUACGUGAUUGUCCACAGAAGAAGGCCAUUGUUCCAGGUAGAGUGUUUGUAAUGAAUCAAGAAGAAGUAAACCCGGAUUCCACCAUCAUUACGGGUAAUCUUCGAAUUGCCAACACCUUAUCUAAUACUUUAAUUGAUACUGGUUCAACACACUCUUUUGUUUCUGCCAACUUUGUUCAAAAAUCUGGUUUGAGACCUGAUGAAACUAAGACUUUGUAUAGUAUUUCUCUACCAUCAGGCAUGAGUUUAAACAUUAAUAAUUUAGGAAUGGACUGGCUAACUCAUCAUGAGGAUCAAAUCGACUGUAAGAAAAAGACAGUAUCUUUAACUGAUCAAGAUGGGAGAACAUUCCAGUUUAGAGCAACACCUCCACCCAAUCCUUCUUAUAAAGCUCAAUAG